GGUCGUUCGUCGUUCGUCGUUCGUCGUUCGUCGUUCGUCGUUCGUGGUUCUUCGUUCUUCGUUCUUCGUUCGCACGCACGCUUCAAGGGAAUGUCGGGAUUGUGGUUGCUGAAUGGGGACAUUGAUAAGGGUCAUCGUGGUGCGAUAUGGUAUGAGCGCAAGCUUGAGCCUCUCGUCACUCGCACUCCUAAGGAAAACUGGAAGAUACACUCAGGAUGGCUUCAGCGGUUGAAAUGGGCCGGCCUUUUACCUUUCGCGCGUCUGGUUGAGUCUAUCCCGGGUGAGAAAUGCGUCGCCAUCGAUGGGUCUUUGCUGAGCUGCUUAGUGGACCGUUGGAGGCCAGAGACCCACACGUUUCACUUCAGAUGGGGAGAGAUGGCUCCUACUCUGGAGGAUGUGUCACUUUUGCUCGGACUACCGUUGGCAGGUCAUGCCGUAGGACCGUUGGACGCACCGGCUGGUUGGGAGCGAGCUCUUACAGAACGUUUUCACGGUGUUUUUCCGGAUGCUCCCGAUCCGGUAUGGGAGCAUCACGGACCUAAGUAUGAGUGGUUGCUAAAUUUCCGGAUCCAGAACUUCCGGGCGCCCUUGACUGCGGAACAGAUCACUCGGAGCCUCGAGGCCUACUUACUGUGGCUUUUCGGCAAGGUGAUGUUCACGGAGAACCAUGUCACCACUAUCAGCGCCCUCUACAUCCCUAUGGCACUCGAGAUAGCGAGCGCUCAGACGGCGGAUCAGAUCAGACAGAGGAGUUGGGGUUCGGCGGUGUUAGCGGCUACAUACCGAGGUAUGUGCAACGGUUGCCAGCUUACAUCGAGAAAGCCAGCCCUUCUUGGAUGCCCUCUAUUCCUACAGCUGUGGUCGUGGGAGAGGUUCUCUAUAGGGCGACCAGAUGUACGGGUUCAUGAGCCUAUAGACGCCAUGUUUGAUGUUGAGGGCAUUGACAUGCCUACUUUUGGUCUGUGUUGGACUCGUCGCAAGAGACGCUUUGCUAGUGAUCAGACCAGGAAGGCGUACACAGCAUUGAACGAGCAGUUCGAUGCGUACACCGGGGUCAUCUGGCAGCCCUACACGGAAGCAGCCAUACAAGCGAGAUACCCUGCUGGUAUGUCUGUGCUAUGCAGAAGGGACCGAGAUUACUGGAUGACAAAAUCGAAGAUCAUCUUCGAUGUCUUCGUCGAGGAGAUGGCACAACAGAGGGUUAUGAGGCAAUUUGGUCUUCUGCAGUUGGAGCUACCUCCCCCUAUAGAGAACCCGGUGCCAGCACACAUCCACAGGACGACAAGGAAGGGCAUGAACAGGACAACUGCUGACUGGCUAGUUAGACUAGAGCCGUAUGUUAUAGAAUGGGAGACAGCAAACACAAAUCUAUGGCACGAGAAUCACAAUUUCGAUCUCGAUCAAUUCAAUCUCUAUUUGCGGCGCUACAUGACCGGAACACGGUUACGCAUUGUUGAGUACUCCCACCCAGAGGAGUUACCGGAUCCUACUCCGUCGGAUAUGUACCCGAGCUAUGAUACUUCGGGCUCUAGGCAGUACGCGGCUACCUUGACACGCGAACUGUACGACGACGUGACCACCUUUGGACGAUCACUAUCGUCUGGACCUCUUCUUCAACAUCGUCCAGUGGUACAGCCCUUCUUGGAAAGAAUUCAGAAUAAGAUACGGACUGUGUACGAGGCUAUCACGUGCACCCGGAGAACCGAUGUUGUUCAGCACGAGCAGGAGCAGCCGCGUCACUCCAUGCAACGACAUCAACCACGUCCACGCCUAGCACAGCAGCCGACAACCAGGCCACCCCGUCCUGACCAACCUGGCAGUUCUACGUGGCACCCGCAGCACUAUGGUCCCACGUCGAGCUUCGUGUUUUCUCCACAGCCACAGCAACACGGUCCCUCGUCGAGCUUCGUGUUUUCUCCACAGCCACAGCAGCAGGGUCCCUCGUCCAGUUUCGUGUUUCAGCCAGAGCAGACGUCACACCCAGCAGGGGCCUAUGGAUAUCAGGCGUCUAUGUCGGCAUCACAUGAUACGUGGGGGAGUGAUCAACAUCCCGAGGACAACAUACAGGCUCAGAUGUCGCAGCACACCCAGUGGAUGAACAUGUUUUCGACUCCUCCACCAGGCCCCACACAGGAUACACAGCAUGACCAGGGAGAGUCUGAGAUUCCUCCUCGUCACGUUAGGGCACCCAACAGGUUGGGAUGGUCCCCGAUUCCAGAUCCGCCUCCCCGCCAGACUAAAUUCAUGUUGAAGCAAGGGUUGAAGGAAGACGAUUUUGUGUACUACGUCAGCAGGAAGCAUUCAGAUGGCCCUAGGGAAAGAAAAUUGAUUGACAUAACUGAUGAUGGCAAGAUUCAAGAAAUGCUGAGCGAAUGGGAAUGGAAAAGGGUUGUUCAGUUGCAUUGCUACAGGAAAUCGAGUUAUAUGUGA